AAAGGGAACAGAAAACAGCUGACUCGGUUUGACGUUUUCUUGUUGGUCUUUUGGUUAAUUGGGAUUGUAUUUUUAUAAUUUAUUUAAUACAUCGAAGAAAAUUAUAUAUCUCUUUAAAACUAACUAAAAUGAAUGUAUCGAACCGGUUAUUAAUACCUAGUUGGAUAAAAAGGUGCAGCUUCAAGAGGAUCGUCACAUUUUCCACAAAGCCGCAACCAAAGGAUUUUCCAGGAACCCAUCAAAAAUACGGCCAGCAAAAUGCAUCCGGCAGUGCAGAGGGACGCAAAUCCGUGAUUCCACCAAAUUAUAGGUUUAUAUACCCUGAGUUUCUACCCGACCCAAAAGUGGAAUGGCGUAACCCGGUACGUGAGAAACUAGAACGAAUGGACAUGCUAGACCGUCGCUCGAAAAUCGACAUCCCAGAGUUUUAUGUUGGCUCCAUAUUAGCGGUGACAAGCUCCGAUCCACACGCAGCUGGAAAAGUCAGUCGCUUUGUUGGCAUUUGCAUACAUCGCGAUCGCUGCGGCCUCCGUACCCGUUUUAUAUUGCGUAAUGUUAUUGAUCAUCAAGGCGUUGAGGUGCGCUACGAACUAUACGACCCGACUAUACAUAAAAUUGAGGUACUGCGUCUAGAAAAGCGUCUGGACGAUCAUUUGUUAUAUUUACGAGACGCAUUACCUGAAUAUAGCACUGUUGAUUUGAAUAUGGAAGCAGAAUAUUUGGAUGAGAAUACAGAGGUGCCUGUAAAUGAUAUUAAAGUAGUCUUGCGCCCUCGUCCAUGGUUAGAACGAUGGGAACGACAAAAUCUACAAGGCGUUGCUAACGUUGAUCAGUAUAUAACUGACAAACAACGUCGCCAGGCACUGGCACAUGAAAAACCUUGGGAAAAAUACGAUAUAAUGAAACAAUAUCGUGCGACAAUUCCGGAAGAAGAACAAAAAGAAAUAUUUGCAGAGGUGCACUCGCAGCUACAUCAUUUGGAAUUGCAACGUAAGCGCAAUAAGCGCAAACGUUCAUUCGUUAAGCCGACAAAAUUAGCGUAGGAUUAGCAACUUAAUAAUUUUUU